AUGUUUCAGCUAAGGAAGCGGCUGUUAUACAAGUCGGAAGAUCACGAUCAUGGCGACGACCCAGCCAGCAGCGAUAGAAAGACCAACUCCGGUGGUCAUCGAGAUAAGUCUACAGUCAAACCACUCACUGCGACUGUCGCCAACAUUUCGUCACUACGAACUCCGAGGAGCGUAACCAUGGCUUCCCAGACAACAUCUCCCGACCAUGACCAGCUCAACACCAUGUCUGCACCCACUCGCUCUUACAAAAGGCUUGGGACUUCGUCGCCUCUUUCUCCUGUCAAGAGACGACGCACUGAUUUGCCUUCACAUGCGCCUAGCCCAAUCAUCGCCUCUGCUGCGGUAGCAAGCCGGCAAUCACCACUGCCCCUCUCUACUCGUCCUACUGCUUCCGCUUCGCCGUUUUCACCCAAACAUACGAAAACCCAAUUAAAGCCCGGGUAUGGUUUGCCGAAGUCUGUAUUUGAGGAUCUUGACGAUGACCAGCAAUCAUUGGUGCAACGGAAGGGGUCUUCGCGCGAUCUCAGCGCACAGGCAAUGAUGGCCAAGGGACACGAAGUACAGCACAAAUUAAGAGCGGCUCAGAGUAAUCUGGAGCGCAGUACGAUAAAGCUUAAGAUAGCACAGGGUGAUUUUACAGAGGUCAAGACGGCAUACCACAACUGGAGAGCAGGCAUUGUUGCCGAGACAGAAAAGGCUACAACGAUCAGGGAAAGUCUGCGGCAGGUCAAACGGCACAAGAAGCACUAUGAAUUCUUGGAAACACUGGUGAAAGGUGGCCCUUUGAUGACAGAGAGACUUGUUGGCGUUGCAAAAGAUGCUGGGCUGGAAUUUGAGACCGGGCUUGGCGAGAAGGAGAUUUGA